ACGCAUUUGACAAAUGACAGAGAUCAGAUGUAGGCACCUCUUAAAAAAUAGUAAAUAAAUAGUUGGGAAGUAAAAAACAGAUUAGAAUUAGCCCAGUAAUCAGUGAUAACAAAAAUAAAAAAAUGGGAAAACUAGAACUCGUUCAGACCCUCAAAAAAAGCCCAGGCAGAGUAUGGAAUCUUGGAUGGCACCCAAAAGGAGAAGUACUAGCAUCAUGUGGCGAAGAUAAGUCUAUCAGAAUAUGGGCUAAAGACAUCACCGCUAAAUGGACUAACAAGAUGCUCUUAACAGACGGACAUAAACGUACAGUUAGACAGGUGGCAUGGUCUCCUUGCGGAAACUACUUGGCUUCAGCCAGUUUCGAUGCUACCACUUGCAUUUGGGACAAGAAGAGCGGAGAGUUUGAAUGCAAUGCUACUCUAGAAGGCCACGAGAAUGAAGUGAAAAGUGUGGCAUGGUCAAAGUCCGGGCAUUUACUAGCGACUUGUAGCAGAGAUAAAUCAGUUUGGGUGUGGGAAGUAGCUGACGAUGAUGAGUACGACUGCGCUGCCGUGCUCAAUGCCCAUUCUCAAGACGUCAAAAAGAUAGUUUUCCAUCCGGAAAAAGACCUCCUCGCCUCCGCAUCUUACGACAACACUGUUAAACUUUUUCGAGAUGAUCCCAGCGAAGGAGACUGGAUUUGCUGCGGGACUUUAACGGGCCAUGACUCGACAGUUUGGAGUAUAAGUUUCGACUGCUCUGGUAGCCGUUUAGCCUCCUGUAGCGACGAUAAUACGGUUAAAAUAUGGAAAGAAUACCCUCCUGGCAACGCAGAGGGCGUCCCUACACCCGACGGAGAUUCAACUUGGAAAUGCGUUUGCACUUUGGCAGGGUACCACACCAGAACCAUUUAUGACAUCAGCUGGUGUCACUUGACCGGGCUUAUAGCCACGGCGUGUGGAGACGACGCGAUCCGAAUAUUCAAAGAAGAUCAAGGGUGUGAUCAGAACGCUCCUACUUUUAGUUUGGUUUGUACCGUAGAGAGGGCGCAUACGCAAGAUGUGAACUGUGUGUCUUGGAACCCUGUCAGUAAAGGGCUUCUUGCUUCAUGUAGUGACGACGGGGACAUUAAAGUAUGGAAUUUUCAAGAAUAAUUUAUGGAUAUAUCAAAAAAUGUAGCUGAACUUUGAAUCUGAGAUACAAUAAAAUGUUUGUUUUUAUA